AAGCUGAAUAUGAAAUCCUUUAUAGCGUACAAAGAGCUGCUGCUUGUAGACCAAUCAAGACUGUGGAUUGCAGCACCACCUGCUCUGGUUUCAUUCACUCCUUCCUGCCCAAUCAAGCGAGAACGGGGGGAAAUGGAGGCAGUUCAUGGUUAGCAGAAAAGAACUUUUCCUUGAAAAUCCCGAGACCCAUCCUGGCUUUCUCUGAAGAAACCUAGAAGAAGAAAGGUCUCCAAACAAUUCUCAUUCAGUUGUGUUGAGUGUGGUGUUGGUAGGAAAUUUCCUGCCCUGUGAAACAGCAAGGAAAGCUGCAAAGAGGUCCGCCUUCAGGCUGACAAACUCAUGGUGCUAUCAUCUCUUCUUCAACUUUGUCUCCAACAUGAGAGUCUACUUGGAAGGUGAAGAAGAUGAUGGUUCAAAUGGAUUCUUUAUAGCCAUUACUUAUUCCACAUCAAGAGGGCCUGGACUCGGGAAUUCUGCUACCAUGGAAAAAUCAAGAUUCUUGUUCCAGCAAGUAAUUGGCCACAAGAUGCUCUUUGUUGUCUUCCUACUUUUUCCCACAGAUAUUCUUAUAGAGGGACAAAAUACAAGUGAGGUCAUUGACCCCCAAAAUGUGGCCACCUAUGUAAGUACGACAUCCAGUUUAAAUAUAAGCAACUCAUCUUUUGUAGUAUCUCCUAAGGUGAUUUCCAUGACACCUGUUAUGUCAUCUCUUGAUGCCACCAUGUCUGGCAUUCUUAGCAGAAGUAUGAGCACUUCAGUGCAACCAGCAUCAUCCCUCAGAGCGGCACCUCCAGUCUCAAAACAGGAACUACAUUCUUCCACUGUCAUGAACGCUGUUGCCCCAGAAGACACUUCCUCCCCUAUGCCAAGUACUGUCACUGUCUCUACUGAAGGAAAAAAAUCUCAUAGAGAAGCAGCGGAGGUACGAGAAUCCACAACACCUCUUGGUCAAAAGGAAGUUUCCUCUAAAAUGACUGUCACACCACACUUUGAUAGAGAAGCAGCGGAGGUACGAGAAUCCACAACACCUCUUGGUCAGAAGGAAAUUUCCUCUAAAAUGACUAUCACACCACACUUUGAUAGUGAGAAGGUAUCUUCUCCAACAAAGGAUUUUGGAACCAGAUCCCAAGGGAGCUUCCUUGAGCAAUCAUCCCACACAAUCGCCUACACAGAAACUACAAAGAGCACAAAAUCAAAACAGGGCAGAAAAGGACCAAUAUCACCGGAUCAAGCUGUCCCAGAAUUAACUCAGACUCCUGAGACCGGCAGCCACCAUCCAUCUGGUCCUUUCACCACAUUGGUGACAUCUACCAACAAUGCAUCAAAAUCUGACACUGCUGAUCAAAGUCCUUCAGAGACGAAACGUCCUGUCAUCAUUUUGGUCGUUGUUGUCUCCAUCCUGCUGCUUGUCGGCCUCAUAGCUUUCCUGUACUUUAGGCGUCGCCGUCAUUCUGGCUCUACCAGCUUCAAUGCCCCAGAAUGGCCUGGACAAGCAACAUUGCCAGAUGAUACAGGUUUGGAUAAGGACGUGGAGCAACAGGUGGGGGCUGUAGGGGAAGGGGAAACCCGGCGUGGGACUCUUGUGACUUUCUUUGGGAAGCGUCAGUCUAGGGUGCCUUCAAUAGCUAUGGAAGACAUGAAUGGGAAGGGAGGCAUGGGGGAAACAGAGCAGCUGCUUUGUGGAGAGGCUGAGACAGGGUCCACUUCACAGGCGACUGGGGAUGCCAAUGGCAAAGUAUCAGAGCCCCUUAAGGACUCUUCUUAGGUGUCCCCAGCCUUCAAUAAGUUAGGAGAAAGUUCCUCCUAAAUGGGACUUUCUUUGCCUUCCCUUGAAGACAUUUCACUUCUCAUCCCAGAAACCUUUUCAGUUCAGUUUAGAUGAGAAGCAAAAGGUCUUCAGGGAAAAACCAGGAAAGCCCAGUUGCCAUUUGAAAAAGCACCUUUGGACCACCAUGACUCAGAUGAUUGAGAAUCUCCAUAGACAUAACUCCUAAAUAGAGAGUAGAAGAUAGAAUCACCUCUUAGGCCUCUUCUGGAGCAGAUAGUUUUUAUGAUUUACAUAGGCAUUGUUGGGUAUGUCUCAUUAUCCUACAGGAUAGAUGUAUCCUAUAUCCUCUAUACCAGGGGUAGGCAACCUUGGCUCUUUUAUGACUCGAGGACUUCAACUCCCAGAAUUCCUGAGCCAGCC